CCCGUUCAUCCCAAAAGGAAGAGGCUGAGCUCGCGACGUUACACGGCCGGCCGCCAUUUUCUACCCGCUGCUAGAAAGAAAGUAACCCUGGAAGCACCGGCCUUUUGAUUUAGCCCCAUUUGGAUUACCUGCAUCACGGCGGAUCAGCAUCGUGCGCCCAGAUUUACACUCGCAUGAUGUCUGAAGAUCACGUCAAUGGGAACGGCACCGAGGAGACCGUGGACUCUAAAUCAGCAACGGCCCGUUCAGAACAUCUCCAGGCGUUGUUGGACGCCGGUUUGUCCCGCAAAGUAGCCGAGAAACUCGAGGAGCUGUUUGUAGCAGGUCUGGUGGCACACAGUGACCUGGAUGAACGAGCCCUGGAAGCUCUGAAAGAAUUUAAUGAAGAUGGAGCGCUGCAGGUUCUGGUCCAGUUCAAAGAGAGCGACCUGUCUCACGUACAAAACAAAAGUGCCUUCCUCUGCGGCGUGAUGAAGACCUACAGGCAGAGAGAGAAGCAGGGCAACAAAGUCACGCCCACCACCAAGGGACCCGACGAGACCAAGAUCAAAGAGCUCCUGGACCGGUCCGGCUACACGCUGGACGUCACCACGGGCCAGAGGAAGUACGGCGGGCCCCCACCUGAGUCUGUGUUCUCUGGUCCCCAGCCCACCUGUGGAACGGAGAUAUUUGUGGGAAAGAUUCCUCGCAACUUGUUUGAAGACGAGCUGGUUCCUCUGUUUGAGAAGGCCGGGCCCAUCUGGGACCUCCGGCUCAUGAUGGACCCCCUGAGCAGCCUGAACAGGGGCUACGCCUUCGUCACGUUCUGCAGUAAAGACGCCGCCCAGGAGGCGGUGAAGCUGUACAAUAAUUACAGGAUCCGGCCCGGGAAGCACAUCGGCGUGUGCAUAUCUGUGGCCAACAACCGGCUUUUUGUUGGCUCCAUCCCGAAAAACAAAACCAAGGAGCAGAUCGUUGAAGAGUUCGCUAAAGUCACAGAAGGACUGAGCGACGUCAUCCUGUACCUCCAGCCCGACGACAAGAAGAAGAACAGAGGCUUCUGCUUCCUGGAGUAUGACGACCACAAGACGGCCGCCCAGGCGCGCCGCCGGCUCAUGAGCGGGAAGGUGAAGGUGUGGAACAGCCUGGUGACGGUGGAGUGGGCCGACCCCAUCGAGGACCCCGACCCAGAGAUCAUGGCCAAGGUCAAGGUUCUGUUCGUCAGGAACCUCUCCAACGACGUCACGGAGGAGAUCCUGGAGAAGGCCUUCAGCCAGUUUGGGAAACUGGAGCGCGUGAAGAAGCUGAAGGACUACGCCUUCGUUCACUUCGAGGAGAGGGACGCCGCUGUGAAGGCGUUGGACGAAAUGAACGGCGAGGAGCUGGAGGGAGAACCCAUCGAGAUCGUGUUCGCCAAACCACCGGAUCAGAAGAGGAAGGAGCGCAAAGCCCAGAGACAGGCGGCCAAGACUCAAGUGUACGAUGAUUACUACUACUACUCUCCCCCUCCCCCCUUGCCUCCCCCCACCAGAGGCCGGGGCAGGGGUUCCAGCCGGGGGGCGGCGUACUCCUACCCCCCCGAGUACUACAGCUACGAGGAUUACUACGACUACUACGGUUACGACUACCACAACUACCGCGGUGGCUACGACGACCCUUACUACGGCUACGACGACUACCAGGCCCCAAGCCGUGGGCGGGGCAGCCUCAGAGGCUACGUGGGCGGAGUCUCGCCGUCCAGAGGACCCAGAGGCAGGACCAGCUACCCCCAGCGUGGCGGCAGCGGCGGGUCUGGGGCGAGCCGUGGCGGCGGACGUGGACCACGAGGAGGCGGGCAGCCGCGAGGACGAGGAGGGGUACGUGGUGCGCGGGGCGGCCGCGGUGGAAAUGUAGGAGGAAAGCGCAAAGCCGACGGGUACAACCAGCCCGAUUCCAAACGGCGCCAGACCAGUAAUCAGAACUGGGGCUCUCAGCCCAUCGCCCAGCAGCCGCUGCACGGCGACCAUUCUGGUAACUAUUCCGGCUACAAAUCUGACCACGAGGAGUUCUAUCAGGAUUCUUUUGGGCAUCAGUGGAAGUAGACCCGUAGAGCUUCCAUUCAGAACCGUCUAAAGACCCGAUCCGAUUGGCCCUCGGUACCGCCGCUUGCAUUCUUUCACCUUUUUCCCUCCAAAUUGGUGACAAGAUGUUUUUGUAUAUAUUUUAACGAUCCGCUUGGACUCCACGUAGUCGCUCCGCCGGGUUCUGGGAACUGCCUCUUUUUGUUUUUAAGAUCGUUGCAGGUUUUCCACAGCAAUCCCCAAAAAACUCUUUUAGAUGCAGGAAUGUUCCGGAGCUUUCUGUGUUCAGUCGUUCUGGUGUCCAUGUUUUAAACCACAGCAGC